AAUUAUUCCACUAAAAAUACUAAAUCAAUAAUUAGUAACAACACUUGAAGAUUUUUUGAAAUCCGAUUGGCCAUGGAAGAGGAAUACCACGCCACCGUCGCUGUAGGAAACCCUAGCGACCGUUUUGAUCGUCCUCUCGAAAUUAGACGAUCAAGUGAUUCAAGCGAUGGUAUAGACAUAAUCAGCGAUCUACCCGACGCGGUUCUCCAACAUAUCUUCUCCUAUAUUCCGACAAAGUUUGCUAUCAGAACAUCCGUCUUGUCAAAACGAUGGAGACAUGUAUGGUCCGAGACACCUCAUCUCUCCUUUGGUUGGUUCAGUGGUUCCCCUAAAUUGAUAAACAAAACCCUAGCCAGCUACUCGGCUUCCAAAAUCACGAGUUUCCAUCUCUGUACCCGUUACUGCUACAAGGCUAACCAUGUUAAUAGCUCGAUCGAGUUUGCAAUGUCUCACAACGUUGAGAAUCUUUCUCUGACGAUCAGUAAUCUCACAAGGAGUUAUUGUUUUCCUGAUCUUUUCUUCACCAACUCCUCUGUGAAGCAACUCUUGGUCAAUUUGCAACAUCUUUACACCAAAAAAAAAAAAAAAAUGCCUUUUGUGAAUUUGAGUCCCGGAUGCACCGUUUCUUGGACAUCACUAAAGAACUUGUCUUUAAGCUCUUGUAAACUCUCUGAUGAUUCCUUACUUAAGAUUCUGUCUGGUUGUCCAAUCCUGGAAACCUUGAGUUUGAAGUUUUGUAUCUCACUCAUGUAUGUUGAUCUGAGUAAAUCGCUGCGCUUGACAAGAUUGGAGAUAGAACGCCGCAACCCUUUUCCAGAACCAAUGCAGAUUGUGGCGCCACAUGUCCGUUAUUUGAGAUUGAGAGACUCUGAGGCACAAUGCACCUUACUUGAUGUCUCUUCUUUAACAGAAGCUAAUGUAGACUUUACCGAUUUUCAUCCUAGAACCCUUUAUCAUGGUUUUGAGCCCUUAGACCCUAGUGUUCUUCUAGUCACGGUGCAAACGAUGCUAGAACAGUUUCAGAACGUAGAGAAGCUUACUUUGGGGGUUAACUUUCUUCAGAUGUUAUCUCUUUCCAAGAUCCCUAGUCUUCCAUUACCGACGCUCAAAGUCAAAAAUCUGACUCUUGAAACAAGGAUUAUGCCAACUGUGGUUCCUGGUAUAACAAGGCUAUUACAAAACUCACCUGGAUUAGAGAAGUUAACAGUACUUUACACAAUUGACGAGUGCAGCAUCUUACUGUGGGAGUGUGUCAACAGCUACUUGAAGAAGCAAUUGAAAGAUGUGGCCUUUCUCUUUCCGUGGGAGUAUGAAGUUAUAAAGCCGAAAGUCAUGGCUUCGUUCAUGGAACUUUUGCUGGCAAACACAAAAACGCUAGAGACAUUGGUUUUACAUUUGGGAAGUUGCAUUAAUAGAUCAAGAUUUGAAGAGCUGUCUCAAAUCGCUCUCACGCUUUCUCAUAACAAUAAGGUCUCAAUUCUGCUCAAGCGAAGCGGUGGCUGAUCUCAUCUCAUUCAACAUUUUUAUAUGGGUUGAUUCUCAACUUAGAGAAGUUCCUUGGAAGUUUAGUGGGGAAGUUAAAUUAUGCUCAAGUGAAGUGGUGUUAAAUUAUGUUACAUCAGGGUUUUAGUGUUUUGGUAUCAACUACUUUU